GUGCAGAAAAUAAAGGGUCAUCUUACACAAGCCUAAUAUGGUCAAGAAGAUGAAGUUCCCUUCCGUUAUCUUCAAGAAGCCAAAGGGUAAGAUGUCAUGGAAAUGGUUGGCUUUCAAGCACCUGAAAGCGGUUUCAGUCAUAUCCAAAGCCAACACGUCCAAGAACGCCGCUGCCAACCCUGUCUUUUCAGACACUGCCAAGUUUAUUACAGCACUGGAUUGCUCAUGGUCCCAAUCAAAAUUCUCCUUACCUUCCAACUCUGGAGACAUGCUGGAGAUGGCUGUCAUGGCAUUGAGAUCAAACAGGUUGUUUUUCGAGCCUGGCAAUACUAAUUCGAUCCUGGAUGCAGCCAAGUUCCGGUUGGAGGACGGUGUGGCAUUGGCAGUAGAGGAUGCAGCUAACAGGUUGAGGUUCCCCUUCGAGGACUGUGUAGCAUUAGCAUUAGAAACAGAAGAUCCUUAUGUGGAUUUUCGUGUUUCGAUGGAGGAAAUUGUGGAGGCUUACGAAAUUAAGGAUUCGGAACAUCUGGAGGAGUUACUGGCUUGGUACUUAAGGAUGAAUAAGAAGAAGAACCAUGGAUUUAUUGUGGGCGCCUUCAUAGAUAUGUUCACCAGCAUUACUUUAUGUUCUUCUUCUUGCUUUGUUUCUGGUUGACAAUUAAUUAUAUUUCUUCUUCCUGAAAGGUUGAUGAUAGUGUUUCAGCAUCUACUAUAUUUCUAUGUGUUGGAUUGAGUGAAUAUUGUAUUGAGUUCACGUCUUAGCUCAAAAUCAGAGGUUGUGUAUUUAUAUAAAAAAUUGGUAAUGUU